UAAACCCUAAUUAUUCUCCACAUUGAAACGACGCUACACAAGUCUAACUAGUUUCUCUCUUUGUUGAUUUCAGAAAUGGCCAACCCUAAGGUAUUCUUUGACAUGACUAUUGGCGGUCAGCCGGCUGGGAGGAUUGUGAUGGAGCUCUAUCAGGACACCACUCCUCGCACCGCCGAGAACUUCCGAGCUCUCUGCACCGGCGAGAAAGGCGUCGGUCGCUCCGGCAAGCCACUCCACUACAAAGGAUCAACCCUCCACCGCGUGAUCCCCGGAUUCAUGUGCCAGGGGGGCGACUUCACCGCCGGAAAUGGUACCGGAGGUGAAUCAAUCUACGGCGCCAAGUUCGCCGACGAGAAUUUCGUUAAGAAGCACACCGGACCGGGAAUUCUCUCCAUGGCUAAUGCCGGACCUGGAACCAACGGAUCUCAAUUCUUCAUCUGUACUGCCAAGACCGAGUGGCUCGACGGAAAGCACGUGGUGUUCGGCCAGGUGGUUGAGGGCAUGGACGUGGUGAAGGCCAUUGAGAAGGUUGGAUCAAGCUCCGGCAGGACUUCGAAGCCCGUUGUGGUUGCUGACUGCGGUCAAUUGUCUUAGAUCAAAAAAUAAAAAGCGUAGGCUUAGAUGACGAUCAUGAUUCUAGCGAAUCAUGACGGAUGACUAUGAUAUCUAUGAUGUGGGUGUGUUCAGUUUUAAUUUCUCUUGUUUGAUGUGGCUGUGUUUCCUGUCUUUAAUUGAGCUGUGUUUUCAAUAA